CGCGGCUGCGGGAGACCGAGGAGAUGCUGACCAAGAAGCAGGAGUACCUGGAGAGCCGCAUCGCGCGCGAGCUGGCCGCCGCCCGCCAGCACGGCACUCGCAACAAGCGCGCUGCUUUACAAGCACUGAAGAGAAAAAAGAGGUAUGAAAAGCAGUUGACCCAAAUUGACGGGACACUUUCAACCAUUGAGUUCCAGCGAGAAGCAUUGGAAAAUUCCUAUACCAAUACAGAAGUAUUAAAGAAUAUGGGCUAUGCUGCCCAAGCAAUGAAAAAAGCUCAUGAAAAUAUGGACCUAGAGAAAAUUGAUAACUUGAUGCAAGACAUCACUGAACAGCAAGAUGUGGCACAGGAAAUCUCAGAAGCUAUUUCAAGCAGAGCUGGAUUUGCUGAUGAGUUUGAUGAGGAUGAGUUGAUGGCAGAGUUGGAAGAGCUGGAGCAAGAAGACCUUAAUGAUAAAAUGUCUAAUGUCAAAUUGCCAAGUGUCCCAUCUACCUUGCUGCCUUCUCGCCCUGCGUCCUCCAGGAAGAGAGUAGAAGAUGAUGAUGGUAUGAAGCAGCUGGCAGCUUGGGCUUCUUAAUAGCCCCAACUUUUAUAAUGCAGAACACUACAAUACAGUGUUAAUGGAGAAUUGUAUCCUGCCUAUUAGACUAGUUACGCUGGUAUGGAAAAGUGGGUAAGCAAUGCAACUCUGUUCCAGUGGGGAGCACCAGGAAGACCUUCCUUUUCUGGAAUGAAUCAAGAAGAAGAAAGACACAUUCUUUAGGUCUUUAUUUUAAAAGCUGGAUUUUAAAACCUGCUUUUACAUUUAACACACACAAUUCUGGACUGUCAGGAAGAAAUUACUAUGUUAAUGUAGUUAUAUAUAAUGUAACUGAAUAACAUGUUUUGAGACAAGAUAGAGACUUGGAGGCUUAAUAAGUAAAAGGCUGAAUUGUUCGGUACAUAAUACAUUAAGUUUUGGUUGAAAUAAGAACCUGUACCUAUGUGAUUUGCAUAAUUGUACAAGCAGACUGUCUGAUCCAUCUCUGUUUAUGCAUUUUGCAUUUGUAAAUGUAAGGCAAGCAAUGUCAAUAGAGUCACAUGCUUAACUUGGAAAGGCUGGCCUUUAACAUCAGUUCUUUAUCAAAUUAGUUUUCCAUCACUUAGCACUUAUUGUUUUCAGAGCAUUUUAGCUAGCACUUAGCAUAUUCAACUAAAUACAACAUAUACUUUAUUGUACUUUUUUAGAAUUGAAGACCUGGGCUAUUAAUUUCCUUUGGAGAUAGUUAUCCAUGUGAGUCUGAAUUCAGGUAGAAGGCAGGAAAGGGUAGCCUCUUAGGAAAUUUUAGGUGCUGUCCUGUCUUGUGUUUGGCAAUUAAAACAAAACAAAGUUUUUCUCUGCAAAGCUUUCUUUGCUUGCUAUACACCCGCUUCUAUGGAACUGCAAUUCAUUAGAACAUGUUAAGUAAUUGGCAUCUAAUAUUAUCUUUAUUGCUUUAGGCAGUCACUGUUACUGUGAUGCCAUGAAAAAAGCACCCCCUGAACUGUGGUUCCUAGGAAUCCCUAACUCCUUUCAAAGGCAAAACCAGUUGAUCAGACAGCCAUGUUGUAUUAAAUUAGCAAAAGGCAAUAUGCUGGCCUUUUAAGCCAUUUAUAAAAAUUACAUUUUUCUAGGUUUAAUCUACACUACAGCAGUCACUAUAUACACAUGGAUGUCUGUAGUCCAAAUUAAAAUUGGCUCCAGUCUGAAUUAACUGAUCCUCACUGAAUGAAGGUUAAAGUUUAAUGCAGACUAGGGCAUGUAUUAAUGAAUACGCAUCUGUGGCAUUGAGUUCCUAAGGACUGUUUUUCCUAAAAGCAGAUAAGCACUGCAAAUAUCAAUCUGGGCAAGGGAAGCUCAGUUGGGCUUUUGCAACACAACAGAGGCUAUCAGG